UUUCAUUGUCCGAAAACUUUAUAUUUCAGAGAGCACCAACAACAACAAAAUAUACAUAUAUCUACUCAUGUACGAAGCCGGCGCGGAGCAGAUCAAUUGCAACGGCAGAAUCAUUGAAUUGCCCAGCCUGGAGGUGGUGCGUCCAGCACCCAAAAUGCCCAGCGAUGCCAACAUUGAUUGGCUGCUCCACAUUUACUUUACGCGGCGCGAGUUCACCCGCUGUCGCCGACUCAUCGAACGUGAGCUGAAUCGUCAUCUGAAUGCCGAGUAUCUGUACUUUGUCCAGGGCCUAAUUGACCGCGAAGAGGGCAACCACAUCGAGGCGCUGCGACACCUGCAAAGAUCCGUGGAGCUCAAUCCGCAGAACAUCGAGACGUACAAGGAAAUCGGACGUACUCUGUACGUGAUGGGUCGCUUUAGUCAAGCGCUUGGCGUGUUCCGGGAGGCCGAGCAGCGCAGUCCCCGCAAGGACCACGAAAUAUAUCACUAUCUGGGCGAGCUGCUGUACCGGGCGGCGACCACUCAGACCCAGCUGGAGUUGGCCAAAAAGCAGCAGGACGAGGCACGCGCAUACUUCGAGCUGGCCGUGCAGACGGGCAGGAAGAUGGAGAGCCACGUCCGGCUGGCAGAGCUCUAUCGCAAGGACAAGCAAUACCAGCAAGCCAUCGAUGUUCUCGAGAACUGUCUGCAUUUGACGCCGGAAAAUGCGGAGGUGCUGAUUGAAAUCAGCGUUUUGUACUUGAAAAUCAAUGAGACCCAAAAGGCCUACGAUCGCUUGGCGGAAGUCGUCAACAUUGAACGGAAAUGCUCGCACAUGCCCAAGGGCCUGCUGGCCUUUGGCGCCAUACUUCAGUCGCGCAACGAUGUCGAUGGCGCCUUGAGCAAGUACAGCCAAAUCGCAAACGCUGAGCCGGAAAUUGCCGAACUGUGGAACAACAUUGGUUUGUGCUUCUUCAAGAAGCAAAAAUUCAUUGCGGCGGUUUCAUCGCUGCGCAAAUCCGUUUGGCUCUCGCCGCUUAAUUACAAUGCCCUCUACAACUUGAGCCUCAUCUACAUAGCCUCUGAACAAUACGCCAGCGCUUUUCACACGCUGGCCGCAGCCAUAAACCUGCGCAAGGACAAUGCCGAGUGCUACAUGCUGCUGGGUCUCUGUCUGCGCAAACUGGACGAUGUGGAUAACGCAUUCGUGGCCCUUGAAAGGUCCAGCAGCAUGGCCACUUGUCAGCAGGCGGCCGGACGGAAUCCUUUGGUGUUCCUGAACUUUGCCCUCUUCUGUUACGAGACGGGACGCCUGACUAUGGCCGCAGAGCAGUACAAUCGAUUCAUAAGCCAGUCGCAGGACCUAAUGCUGCCCACGGAAUACAAGUUUCAGGCAACCAAGCUCAAGUCCCUGCUUCGUAUAUCGAAUCAUGGCCAUGGAAUGCUGCUCGAUGCAUCCGAUUCGAAUGAGACUGCGCUGGGAACGGCGCCGGACAUGCGGCCAGAUGAGCUGCCACUUGAGGUGAAUGCAGUUGUCAGCAGGAACUGAAGCGGAAAUCUCUUUGAAUGUCGUACACAUACUACACAUACGAUUGUGUACCAUUUACGAAUGAAAGAAAUGCAAUUUACUGGCAUCAAAGAUGCUUAACUCACAUCAAACAUUUAUUUGAACGUGUUUACACUUAUAUAGAACUUGAAUGAUACUCGUCAAAUGCAUCGUUACCUAAUAUUAUGGAGUAAGCUGUAACCGCAAGAUGAAUAAAUACGAUAAUCCGAAUAAACUGCAGGGACUGAAUGGGGUGGUACCACCCCAUGCCAGGGGGGCAAUGUAACGCGUGGGCUCUCGAGUUCCUGCCCGCCUGGCAUGUGGAUUUAGCUCUGGUCACAGCUUUAGUUACACAAACA